CCCUCGCUGGGACUCGCCUCCCUCCUGCAGCCCAGUCCAGCCAGCUUCGCGUCUACGCCGCCGCUUGCUCUGGCCCAGCCGGUUCAGAGCCCGAGCAUGGAACCUGGGGAACCCCGGGAGCCCCAGGAGCCCCGCGAGCCCGGGCCAGGAGCGGAGACCGCUGCGGCCCCGCUCUGGGAGGAAGCCAAGACUUUCUACGACAACCUCGCACCCAAGAAGAAACCCAAAUCGCCCAAGCCUCAGAAUGCAGUCACCAUCGCUGUGUCCUCCAGAGCCUUAUUUCGCAUGGACGAGGAGCAGCGGAUCUACACGGAGCAGGGCGUGGAGGAGUAUGUGCGCUACCAGCUGGAACAUGAGAACGAGCCCUUCAGCCCCGGGCCGGCCUUCCCUUUUGUGAAGGCUCUGGAGGCAGUGAACAGGCGACUGCGGGAGCUGUACCCCGAUAGUGAGGACGUCUUCGACAUCGUCCUCAUGACCAACAACCACGCUCAAGUGGGUGUCCGCCUCAUCAACAGUAUCAACCACUAUGACCUGUUCAUCGAGAGGUUCUGCAUGACAGGUGGGAACAGCCCCAUCUGCUACCUCAAGGCCUAUCACACCAAUCUCUACUUGUCAGCCGAUGCGGAAAAAGUGCGAGAAGCCAUCGAUGAGGGGAUCGCAGCUGCCACCAUCUUCAGUCCCAGCAGGGACGUGGCUGUGUCCCAGAGUCAACUGCGUGUGGCCUUCGAUGGGGACGCGGUGCUCUUCUCAGAUGAGUCGGAGCGCAUUGUCAAGGCCCACGGUCUGGACCGAUUCUUCGAGCAUGAGAAGGCCCACGAGAACAAACCUCUGGCUCAGGGCCCCUUAAAGGGCUUUCUGGAGGCACUGGGUAGGUUGCAGAAGAAGUUCUACUCCAAAGGCCUGCGGCUGGAGUGCCCAAUUCGUACCUACUUGGUGACAGCACGCAGUGCAGCCAGUUCUGGGGCCCGAGCACUCAAGACCCUGCGCAGCUGGGGCCUGGAAACAGAUGAAGCCUUGUUCCUCGCUGGAGCGCCCAAGGGCCCCCUCCUUGAGAAGAUCCGCCCACACAUCUUCUUUGAUGACCAGAUGUUCCACGUGGCUGGGGCUCAGGAGAUGGGCACCGUGGCUGCCCAUGUGCCUUAUGGCGUGGCACAGACACCCCGGCGGACUGCACCUGUAAAGCAGGCCCCAUCUGCACAGUAGCUGAACCCCCAGCUCCACUGACCCACAUUGCUGCAGCCUCCCCGUCAUACUUCGACACUCAUCUGGUAGAUCCCUCUAAAAGUUUCUCACUGUUCCGCCCUUCUGACUGUCUGCCCUCAUCCCUGUAAGUGAUGUACUUGUAGGAUGUUAUGCAGACAGGACUGGCAUUCUCAACAUCCCUCCUCUGGGGCAAAUUCUGUACCCUGAUCCUGAGCAGGACAGUAAGACUGUGCGGAGUAGCUUGAUUUCAGGGGGAAGUUAACGGGUCUGACGGGGGGGUCAGAGAAGCCAGGAUUUCUCAAAAGGGGCUUGGGAUGAAAACUAGCUCAAUGUAGUGUAAUGAACACCACUUUGAGAGAGAGUGGA